AAGCAAAAAAAAAAAGAACAACAUACACACAGCAGAUAUUCAUAUAUAUAUACAUAUGUAUGCACACAAGUAUAUCAUACUGCUUGCGCGGUAGAAUCGACUCUUUUCUUGAUUUCCUCGUUACUCUCAUUCACAAUCUUUACGAGUACACUCUCUUGACAUCCGUGUAAAAUAUGACCAGUAGUUAUCAUUGAAUGAACUACUGGUGUGAUCCUCGUGCGCAAUGCCGGCUAAAAUAGAACUUGGCGAUGUGACCCAGCACAAUAUUAAACAAUUAAAAUUACUUAAUCAAGUUGUGUUUCCAGUAUCAUACAAUGAAAAAUUUUAUAAGGAUGUCUUGGAGGCUGGUGAACUUGCCAAGUUAGCUUAUUACAAUGACAUUGUGGUCGGAGCAGUUUGCUGUAGAGUUGACACAUCGGAAAAUUCACGAAGGUUGUACAUAAUGACGUUAGGAUGUCUGUCACCCUACAGAAGGCUUGGUAUUGGCACAGUUAUGGUACAACAUGUAUUAAAUUAUGUACACAAAGACGGGAAUUUCGAUUCAAUAUUUCUGCAUGUUCAAGUAAACAACGAAGGAGCAAUUGAUUUUUAUAAAAAGUUUGGCUUUGAAAUCGUGGAAACAAAACAACAUUAUUAUAAAAGAAUUGAACCUGCUGACGCACAUGUGCUUCAAAAAACCCUACGCCCACAAAUUAACUCAAAUCAUCAAAUUUCAACUUAAUAUAAUAAAAAUCCUAAAAUUGAUAACAGUAAAUAAAUAACCAGCAAAAGUAAAUAUUUAAAUCAAAUCAAUUAUCGUGAGUAAAAUUACAUUUUUUGUUUAUCUUAUCCCGGUCAUUUUUUUCUGUCAAAAUUUUAAUUAAUUUUUUGUUUAUCCGUUGUACAAAAUGUCAAUAAAAGAUACUCUCAUUUCUUA